GUGAGUGCAGAACGGGCACCCACUGUGCCGAAAACAAUUCCUGCCCCACACAGACACAACUAUUACAAAGAAUGGAAGCAUGAGAUGGGAAAACCGAGAAGGACUGAGUAAAAGAAAAUGACAACAGCAUGGGAGGAAGGGGUGGUAGAUGAGGCUGCUGUAGUUUGUCAGAGAAGAGUGGAGAAAGAGAGCUUAGAUCGAGGGAGGAGGAACUAACGGAAGAGGAAGCGAUUCAAGUGAGUCCAGCAUCUGCCAGGUGCGGGCGACCAUCAUGGUGUAUGAUGACACAAAAAAACGUUGGGUGCCAGCGGGGUCUGAGAGUCCAGUCUACAGCCGCGUCCAAAUCUUUCACAACUCUGUGGCCAACACCUUCCGGAUAGUGGGCCGCAAGAUGCAGGCGGACCAGCAGGUGGUGAUCAACUCCCCAAUUUUCAAAGGGCUGAAGUACAACGAAGCCACACCAACGUUCCACCAGUGGCGGGAUGCCAGGCAGGUGUGGGGGCUGAACUUUGGUAGUAAGGAGGAUGCUUCCCUCUUCGCCAACACUUUGACGCAUGCAUUACAGGCGCUCACACAGGCUGACGCAGGUCAUCCGUCUCUGCCCAGUCCUGUUCAGAAUGGACCCUCCUCAGAAGAGUUGGAACAUCAGAGGAGACUAGAGCAGCAGAGGCAGGAGCAACAGGAGAGAGAGCAUCUGGAGAGAGAGAAACAGGCCAAAGCCGCACCAGCACCUCCUGGUGGUCCCCCACCACCCCCAGGCCCUCCCCCGGCUCCACUGCCGCCUCCAAGUCCAGCACCUUCCCCCUGUAGCUCUGGACCACCGGCUACACCACCGGCUGCACCCCCACCUCCCACUGGAGGCCCGGCUCCGCCUCCUCCUCCUCCACCCCCACCACCUCCUCCACCUAGCGGUGGAGGUGGUGAGGGUGGCGGAGAUGGAGGAGGAGGAGGUGGGGCUGCAGGUCUGGCUUCUGCCCUAGCAGGAGCCAAACUGCGUAAAGUGGGCAAGGAUGAGGGUGGAGCAUCAGCCCCAGCACCUAAACCAGCCUCAUCAUCGGGGGGUGGAGGUGGAGGAGGGGGAGGGUUAAUGGGAGAGAUGAGUGCUAUCCUGGCUAGGCGGAGGAAAGCUGCAGACAUCCCAGCAGCAAAAAAGCAUGAACCUAGCAAUGAGAAUGCAGAGCUUUCAGGAUCGAAGCCUUGUGGACUGGGAGCAACCCUUGGAAAACCCACAGAAAAGUCAGCCACCAUGCCGAGGCCCAAACCCACAUCAAGCAGUCAAAGGCCUGUCAACCUCAGUCCCAUAAGCUCUCCCACCUCCAGUCCAGCCUCCAGGAUAAAGCAACAGAGGACAAACUCAGAUGGUGCAACAAGUGAAGGACCAGAUAUGGAACGAAUUAAACAGGACAUCCUCGAAGAAGUCAGAAAAGAGCUUCAUCAGGUCAAAGAUGAGAUCAUAGCUGCUCUGAUGGUGGCGUUACAAAGGGAAGAUAUAAAGACUGAAGAUUCCUGAAGCACAAGAAUGGAUAAAGAGAAAAAUGUGAAUUUAUUAUCCUGCAAUGGUCAGCCAUGAAUAAUUAUGAGCCUCUAGAAGUAGUCUUAUUCUCACACACACAGAUACACAGAUUUUGUGAUCUUUGUAAGAGCCCUCUCCUAAACAUUUCACGUUUUUGUUUUUGUUUUUGUUUUGUUUCCCAAUGUACAUAGAACAACUCUGAUUAUGUUUUACUGUCUUUUUUAUGAGACGGUACGCUGCAUCAAACUGCAAGCUACAGUUUGCCAACUAAGCAUUGCUUUUAUAACUGCUUUGCUUUCAUUAUUCAGAAUAAACCAUGUCAGAAAGUGAAAAUCCAUGAUAAAUGUUGACAAUGUAUUAAAGCAAGGGGACUGGCUGCAGUAUAGUAAUCCCAGAUUUGAACACAGGCCCUAGUGAUUUGAAGAAGGUCCUGUUUCAUGACGUACCAGAUUUGCAAGACAAACAUGUUGGCAUGCAAUUUGACAUGGAUUUUCCUUCCACAGAGAAAAAGAACAACGCGUCAGGGCUAAUGGAACAUUUUACUUCCUCCCUACCAUUCUGUUUACAUUUUACAGACAAAGGUUGUUUCGCAUAACUGGUGCAAAGAUUCAGGGAAAACCACCGUCCAUAUCAAACUGUGGUAGAACAAUAGUGUACUCUUGAUCCAAAACUCUUCAUUAAAGACUGUAGGAACACAUUGCAGGAAUUUCCCUCAUGGUUUAUGCUUGUAAUCUAUUGUGCUUUUGUUUGCUCUGAGUCGAUCAAAUUAGAUAUGGAAAUUAAGGUGAGGGAUUCUGUUGAAAUCUUUCCACACCUCACAUUAUGGCCAUUACUUUAGGAACUACCAGAAGUAAAACAUGCUCUUGCCAAGACUUUUAUACCAGCCCAGCUGCUUCUUGUAUUUGUGAUUUUAUUAUGGUACAAAUAUGUCUGAUAUGGAUGAUCUAUCAUACCUCCAACCAACCACACCCAACCCCCAGGCUAUAAAGCCUUUUCCUGUAGGCUGGGGGUUAUUCUCUCUCCAGCAAAAUAGCAUAACCUUUUACUGAGCAACAAUAUAAGUCAUUUUAAAGGUACUUGAAUGUGCAGUAUUUUCUUGACAGUUCAUUAGCUUCAAAUGUUUUAUCCUGUGGAGGACAGCAUUGGAGCGAGUUACAUGAAGUCUCAGCACGAAGAAGCAUGGGCACUGCUCAGGGUUUUGGGCGCCAUGAAAAAAUGUUACACUGAUA